AUGAACGGGAAGCAGAGCCUGCGCCAUGGCCGAACUGCGUACCAUUUCCAGCCUGCCAAGAACUGGAUGAACGGGCCUUUGUACCACAAGGGCAUGUACCACCUGUUCUUCCAGUACAACCCGCACGGCCCACUGUUCGGCACCGGGAAGCUCUCCUGGGGCCACUCCGUCUCCGGCGACCUGGUGAACUGGGCCUUCCUAGGCACCGCGCUGGACCCGACGUCGCCGUUCGACGCCGAGGGCUGCUGGUCGGGUUCCGCCACCACGCUGGCCGACGGCCGCCCGGCCAUCCUCUACACCGGGCGCGACGCCAACGACGUGCAGGUGCAGAACGUGGCGUUCCCCAAGAACCCGUCGGACCCGCUCCUGCGGGAGUGGCACAAGCCCCGCUGCAAUCCGGUAGUCCCGCAGCCGGCCGACGUGACGCGCAACAACUUCCGGGACCCCACCACGGCGUGGCUCGGCCGCGACGGGCUCUGGCGGUUCGCCGUCGUCGCCGAGGUCGGCGGCGUGGGCUCCACCGUGGUGUACCGCAGCGCAGACUUCGUCCACUGGGAGCGGAACCCCGCGCCGCUACACGCGUCCCCCGACGUGCCCGUCUGGGAGUGCCCGGACCUGUUCCCGGUGGCGGAGCGCGGCACGGAGGGGCUCGACACGUCGGCGACUGCGAGCGGCGGGCCCGGGGUGAGGCACGUGCUCAAGCUCAGCAAGGCCGCCGACGAGGACUACUACGUGGUGGGGCGGUACGACGACGAGGCCGACACGUUCGCGCCGGUGGAGGACGGCGACCACGACGUCCGGAACUGGCGCCGGAUCGACCACGGCCACCUGUUCGGGGCCAAGACGUUCUUCGACGCGCGGAAGAAGCGGCGCGUGCUGUGGGCGUGGGUGGACGAGACGGACAGCCGCUCCGACGACGUCGGCAAGGACUGGACGGGCAUCCAGACGUUCCCGAGAGCGCUGUGGCUGGACGCCGACGGGAAGCAGCUGGUGCAGUGGCCGGUGGAGGAGAUCCAGACGCUGCGGAGGGGGCGAGUCGCGCUGGUGGGCGCGGAGAUCGGCUCCGGCGGCCUGCGCGAGAUCGCCGGCAUCGAGGCCCUGCAGGCGGACGUGGAGGUCGUGUUCGAGGUCCCGAGCCUGGAGUACGCCGAGGAGCUGGACCCCAAGUGGCUGCUUGAUCCCCAGAAGAUGUGCGCGGAGAAGGACGCUUCCUCGCCGGGCCCUGGCGGCGUCGGGCCGUUCGGGCUGGUCGUGAUGGCGUCCGGCGACAUGCUGGAGCAGACCACCGUCUUCUUCAGGGUGUUCCGGCACGGUGGCACGUACAAGGUUCUCAUGUGUGCCGAUCUCACAAGGUCAUCGACAAAAGAGGGGGUGCACAAGCCAGUCUAUGCAGGAUUCGUUGGAGUGGACGUGGAGAAGGACAGGAGAAUAUCGCUGAGAACACUGAUUGACCACUCUAUCAUCGAGAGCUUCGGAGGCGGGGGCCGGACGUGCAUCACGGCCCGAGUGUACCCUGAGCACGUGGCAGCAGGCGGCAGUAGUCACCUGUAUCUGUUCAACAACGGAGCUCACCCAGUGACCGUGUCCAAGCUCCAGGCCUGGGAGCUAGGGACGGCAAGCAUCAACGUUGAAGAAGACUACCGUGUGGCUCCACUUUAA